ACUCAUCAAAUUGGAUCUUGUGCCGAACCUGGCUGCUUCUCUCUGUCUCUCAUUUCCUUUCCCAUACUUCCUUUUCAAGAAAGAACGUGAAACGAAAUGCUGAUCGUCCCUAAAUAUCUCUCUGACCCAUCUCACAAUCGCUCCAAACAAGUUCAUCUUUGUCUUAUCAACCCUCCCAAUCCAGAUUCUUUCUACGCGUCAUCUCCCGUUUCUAAAAAAUCUGAACCUACCCCAAUUCACAGUUCAACCCAUUUUCCCACUCUCUGUACUGUAAUUCCGUUGCCAAUUUCAUUUGGGUCUGUCAGAAUUCUGUCUUUCUAACCAAUCAAUUUCAUUUGGGUCUGUCAGAAUUCUGAGUUUAGUGCGAUGUUAAUGGCGGUUAAGCCCCCAUUGGCUUCAAAUGGAGCAACACCUCCUUUACGACGAAACCCACUUGGGUUUUACUCGGCGGCUUCGAUUCCUUUGAAGCCCAUUUUCCUCUCUUUGCCUUUGAAUAACACAAAUCCGCACAAUUGCUUUUUUUUGAAGCAGGUGCUGCCAUACAGUUCUCGAUUAAACUUGCCUAACCGCCGUUUCACUCCGGUAGCCGCCGUGGACUCCGAUGCCCCCCAUUCACAUCACCAGGGAUCUGAGACUUUAAAGGACAGCAAAAGGUUUGAGGAGUGGAAUUCAUUAACAGCAAAGUUCUCUGCAGCAGCAAAUAUUCCUUUUAUGUUGUUGCAAUUGCCUCAAAUUAUCCUCAAUGCUCGAAAUCUUUUAGCUGGAAACACAACCGCACUUUUGGCUGUUCCAUGGCUGGGAAUGUUAACUGGUUUGCUUGGAAACCUUGCACUGCUAUCAUACUUUGCAAAGAAGAGGGAGAAGGAGGCCAUGAUUAUUCAAACAUUAGGAGCAGUUACAACAUAUAUAGUUUUUUCCCAGCUUGCAAUAGCAGGGGCCAUGCCUCUGCCUUACUUUGCAGCCACAUCAGCUGUUGUGGCAUCUGGUCUUCUUAUAAACUUUACGAAUUACUUUAAUAUUCUUCCUAUACAAAUCUUGAAACUUUGGGAAGACUUCAUCACUGUUGGUGGAUUUUCUAUCCUCCCCCAGGUUAUGUGGUCUACUUUUGUUCCCUUCUUACCGAAUAGUAUCUUGCCUGGAACAACUGCUCUGGUUGCAGCGCUGCUAGCAGUUGCUUUGGCACGAGCAGGAAAACUUCCUGAGAAAGGUGUGAAAUUUGUUGGAGCAUUAUCGGGAUGGACAGCAACCCUUCUCUUCAUGUGGAUGCCAGUUUCGCAAAUGUGGACUAAUUAUCUGAAUCCUGAGAACAUUAAAGGCUUAUCAGCUCUCACAAUGCUUCUUGCUCUGAUUGGAAAUGGUCUUGUGCUUCCACGAGCAUUAUUCAUUCGAGACUUCAUGUGGUUCUUGGGUUCGGGUUGGGCAAUUUUGUUUUAUGGAUAUGCUAACAUCUUAUGCUUGUAUUGUUGCAAUGGGGUGAGCAGGGAGUUCUUCAUUGCUGCAACUGCUAGUCUAUUCUCCUGGAUAGGCUUUUUCUUCUGGAGAGACUCUGUGGUAUAUGGAUUCAACUCACCUCUAACAUCUCUUAAGGAGCUACUUUUUGGAUCCUGACUGCCAAAUUCCAGCUUCAAGAAAAAGCCAGAUUUCAGGCUGCUUUGACACAAAUGCAACAGCAACUUCUCCCAAGUCUCAAGUGCUUUUUCUCAAUGGCUGCAAUUGGGAAACAGUGGUUGGAAAUAUUUGCUCAAUCAAUAACACCAUUUUGAAGAGGGAAAAAACCAGUCUAAGCGACCUUUUUUUCUUCUCCCUAAUAGGAGAUAUGGAGUAAGCUCAUUGAUUUUUUUGGGUACAUAUUAUGCUUUGAAAAAAAAAAAGCAUACACGUCUCUUGUAUAGUAAUAAGGUACCAAACUAAGUUCCAUUGAUAUCACUCCUCAUUAUCUAGUGUACUUCUAAUUUUCUUUAGUAGAUCGUACUGAGAAUGGUUCAUUAUUUAAA